CACGUAUAAAAGAAAAAAUAUACCAGUCUGUGAUAAAGCCUUUUGAUGUUCUUCAGGAGUAGAGAUUCUCAAUGGCUGUUGCAUUGUUCAAUAAUCAGACGCGUGCUAAAAAAAAAAGUUUUGAAAGAAAGAAAGAAAGAGAGAGAGAAUUGAUUACCCGACUCUUCCCCCCUUUUCAAAUGAGAUUAUACCAAACACCACCAUUACCAAGUUAUUCUGAAGAGAAAUGUAUAACUGAACUUGGUCUCAUUUUAAAACAUUCAAAGAAAGUAGCAACUUUACUUGUAGGCAUUCAACACUUAAAUAAAGAUGCUCUAAGGCGAGGAAUCACUUGUAGACCUUGUGCAGGAACAAUACAAGAACAACAUAUGGGAUAUUAUGAUUCAACCUAUAAAAGGGUUGUUAUUUGUUGUGAUCAUAUUCGUACUAGAAAGGAUUUAGAGGACACAGUGGUUCAUGAGUUGACACAUGCUUUUGACUCUUUAAGGAAAGGGACAUUUAAGAGUAUUUGUCAUCUUAUUGCAUGUGGUGAAAUAAGGGCAAGUGCUAUAGGCCAAUGUUCAAAUAUAACAUCUGAGAAACAAAGAGAUCAAUGCAUCAAAGAUGACGCUGUGAGAUCGACAGAGUUGCAUUGUGGUACGGAAAUAGCAGAAAGAGUAGUAAGGGAAGUGUUUAAAACUUGUAUCAAUGAUAAAGCUCCCUUUUAAAAUAAAUUUUCCUAUAUUCCUUGUGCAACUCCCUCCUUUCCCUUUUUCCAUCAAAUGACUGAAAGACAAUCAAAAACAACACAGGAAAGACAUGAGCGUAUACUGAACGAACUUGUCAAGAUGCCAGGCAAUGAUCUUUGUGCAGAUUGUGGAACAAAGAGUAAAAAAAGUUUAUAAACAUCAAG